AUGGAUCUUAAAAAUAAAAACCCAAUUAAAACUACAUCUUUUACAAUUUAAAGCUCAAAGGUAGAAAAAGCAUCAAAAGAUGACUCUUAAAAAGUAGAGUCUUUUGAAAUUCCUGAAACUUAAGUAUGCAUUAGUAUUUUUUCAAACGUAGUGAAUGUCACAAUCACCUAAACAAACAAAAUAGGAAAUAUAAUUGAAGCUUACUCAGAAAAUAUUGAUGAUAUGACAAAUGAUGAUAAAAUUUAUGAAGUUAAAACACUCUUUGGUUAAAGAGACAUAGAACUUUACGAGUUGAUAGCUAGAAGUAUAAUAGACUUAUUUUAUAACAAACAAAGAAUAUUUGAGUUUAUGGUAAAAUAACUUCAACUAGAAAGACCUGAUCCUUAUACUUUUGUUUCACCAUUUUACGGAAAGCAAUUAAUAUUAAACAUUUCAUUGCUAAAUAUUAAAAAUGAGCAAAUUCAUUAAGAUAUUUAUAAUCAUAUAAUGAAAAAUUUUCAAUUUAACUUUAUGGAAUUUAUGCUUUGA